AUCACCGAGUCAAAUUGUGUUUAAUUAAUGUGGACACGGAGUUUUUGAACGUCCGUUUUAUCUGUUAAUCAAAAUCAAAAGUCGCUUGGCUUACUUACAAUCAAGAAAAAGCCAAUUGUUUUGGUUGAGAGCAAUAUGUGGAACAAGGAGUCAUCAAACAUGCCUUGGGGUCAGCCAAAUCUCACUGGAAAUGCAGAACAAGAUUGGGCCACCCUGGCCAAGCAGUGGAUGCAGCAUAGAGACAUGGUUGGGAUGCCUGUCCUUGUCAAUCAACAGUUUCCUGUUGCUCCUCCUCCGGUGCCACAAGCAAUCCUGCAACAGUUCCCUCAACAACUCCUGCCACCAAUGCAAAUGCAAAAUUAUAACGACGAUUACAUGAGGAAUAAUUUGUUAGCUCAGCAACAAGAGACAGUAAAUUUUUCAAAUAUGGAAAGUUGUAAUUCUUUAGCUUCUGGGUUGAUGGGGCUGGUGAACUCUGAUUACCAUCCCCAGCCUGUUCAACAGCCAGUCAAUGUUCCGACUGGGAUGAAUAAUUGGAACAUUUCACCGUGGGCUGUGGCACCCCCUCCCCCUCCUCCUCCACCACCAACUGAUACAAGUGAACUGUUAGAGACAUCGUCAGUACAUCAGGAUAGUGACUACUUUGCAGCGAGAGACAUCAACACAGAAGCACCAGAUUCAAUGACACAACCACCGCCAUCAUCCUCUGGCUACGUGAGCACUUAUUCUAACACAGGUGAUUUUCUACCAGUUAACCCAGUAGUGAAGCGAGCGUGGAUGCCGUCUGCUGCCUCCAACGUGACAACCACCAACAUCCCUGCUACAUCUCGACCUGUAUUAAAUAAUCCAUCCUGGCUGACCAGCAACAACAACAGCAACAACAAUAAUUACUUCAAAGACCUGCCCUUCAUGGAUGCUGCAAAACGCAAAUCGCUUCCUGCUUGGAUUAGGGAUGGACUGGAAAAAAUGGAGAGAGAAAAAUACAGGCAGAUGGAGAGGCAGAAGUUGGAGGAAGAGUACAGGAGGCGGAAGUCAUUGCAGCAGGGCACUGAAGGAGAAGAGGAUGUCGAUGAGCAAGAUGAUGAUGAUAAUGUAAGUGAUGCUCCUCUGAAGGAAGGUGCUGGCAGUGGCGUUCAUGAACUACAAUCGGGAUCAACGGCUGCUGCUGCUGAUGAUGGCAGUGAUCCUGAGAUGGAUCAUGAUAUCGAGGACAAGGAGUGUGAUACGAGACCGGCUGAUGAGGUAGAAAACGACGACGACGACGAUGAUGAUGAUAAGAAAGAGGAGGAGUUAUCAGAUGGAGAGAAGGAAGCAAUAAUGAUGGCGAAGGUGAAGAGGAUGUUAACUGAGGUCCUGCUGGAUGUGACCAGUGAAGAAGUCAACUCAGUCGCAACUUUUGUUUAUAACAAAGCAAAAAGUAGACAGUUAAAAGGCGAGGAGUAUGACAGUGACAGUGAAGAGGACAACGUGGAUGGUGAAGCAGUGGAAAAUGAUGAAGAUGGUGACAAUGAUGACGAAGAUUUUGAGGAAGCCAUGAAGAAAAUUCGAAUGAAGAGAAAGGCUUUUGAAGAAAAAAUGAGUCUUUUAAAUUCUCAAUCAACGAGCCGGUGCUAUCCAUCAACGAGAUCACCCACCACCACAUCAAGUAAUCCACUUGAGACCAAAGAGAAACUUCGAAAGGGAACAAGUGAAUCAACAACCUCGGCACCUGGAGAUCAACCGCAAAAACAAGAAAAGAAAAAAUUUCAUGUCCCUAAAAAAGAUGACACAUCAGAUUCGUUAUCUAGAACAACGACUACUAGUUCUUCAACCACUUCUUCGAGUGAAUCAGAUGCAGAAAGAAAGGCAAAGAAAAAAAGAAAAUCAUUUAAAAUGAAAAAAGACAAUUACCUCGAAAAAAAUAUAGAUAAUAUUGAUAAAGUUAGAAAGCAUAAUGAUUAUAUUCAGAGUAAAUGUUCAGAUGAAAAGAAAGAAUUAGCCAAAGAUCAGAGAGAUCAUUCUAAAAAAAGUAGAGAGGCUCUUUGCAAGACGUCACCCAGUGUGGAUGUGAAAAUAAAAAAUUAUGAUUUGAAUCAAAACUUACCGACAAAAAUUGUAGAAGUUAAGUCUGGGAGACUCAAAACUUCAGGUGAUCACCGAAAUAAGUCAUCCGAACGAAGAUCCAAAUCGAGAAACAAAAGCUCGAAAUCAAAAAAUCGUAAAAGAUCAAGAUCACGAGAGCGAAAAUCUAGGUCGGCCGAGAGGUCACACAAAGCUAAAAGAUUUAAAGAUAGGAGUUCAAGGUCUCAUGAGAAAAAAUCUAAGAGAUCGAGUCGCUAUUCAAAGCCGUAUUCGAGAACAGAGAAACAUUAUACAAAUUCUAGAUCGAGAUCUUGAAUAUUUUGUUUUUUUUUAUUUUUUUGUGGCUCUCCCAAUAUUUUUAUUGCUUGGUAAGUUUAUUUUAUCAUUCACUGUUUGAUAAAUCAUGAAUGUAUGGUGCAUUCUCAGACAGUGGCUGUCGUUGAAUUGUAUUUUGAAGUCGAAUUAUAAACAUUUGUUAUCUUACGUCGGAUUCAGUUCUUCGUGAGGGCAUUUUUGUUUAUUUUUAAACUUCAAAUUAUUUGACUUAAAAGAAAUUAAAAAGUUUUAUUUAAAAUCAACUCACAAAAA